GACCGUCACACCAUGCUACGACAGACCCUGGCCAAGACACGGAGACUGGGCAUGCGGGGGCCGGCCUACAUGUUCAGCGCCCGCUCAGCCAGCCUAUCCCUGACCGAGGAGCGCUUCCUGGACGCGGCGGAGUACGGCAACAUCCCCGGGGUCCGCAAGAUGCUGGAGGAACUUCCUGAACUCAACGUCAACUGUGUGGACUACAUGGGCCAGAAUGCAUUGCAGCUGGCGGUGGCCAACGAGCAUCUAGAGGUUACGGAGCUGUUACUGAAGAAGGAUAAUCUGGCCAGGAUAGGGGAUGCUCUACUGUUGGCAAUCAGCAAAGGAUACAUUAGGAUAGUGGAGGCCAUAUUGAGUCACAGGGCCUUCGCAGACACACAGAGGCUCGUCGACAGUCCUGGCCGAGCAGAGACACAAGACGACUUCUUCUCCUAUGACGAGGAUGGUACACGGUUUUCUCACGACAUCACCCCCAUCAUCCUGGCCUCUCACUGCCAUGAGUACGAGGUAGUACACAUCCUCCUGAGGAAGGACGCCCGUAUCGAGCGACCACACGACUACCUCUGUAAGUGUGGCACCUGCAGCUACCACCAGAAGCAUGACUCGUUCAGCCACUCUCGGUCCCGUAUCAACGCCUAUAAAGGGCUGGCCAGCCCGGCCUACAUGUCUCUCUCUAGCAAAGACCCUGUGAUGGCUGCCCUGGAGCUGAGCAACGAGCUGGCUGUCCUGGCUAACAUCGAGAAGGAGUUUAAGAAAGAUUACAAGGAACUGUCCGUGCAAUGUGAAGACUUUGUGGUCGGACUGCUGGACCUGUGUCGUAACACGGAGGAGGUGGAGGCCAUCUUGAAUGGGGACAUUGAUGCCAGUGAAAACAAUGAGCCACAUGAAAGACCAAGUUCUAAAAGACUAAAGCUCGCAAUAAAAUAUGAACUGAAGAAGUUCAUAGCCCAUCCAAACUGUCAGCAGCAGCUCAUGUCUAUCUGGUACGAGAACCUGUCUGGACUGAGACAGCAGACCAACGUUGUCAAGUUUCUGGUAGUUCUGGGUGUAGCUGUUGGACUGCCUGUCCUGGCUCUGCUCUACUGGGUGGCACCGACUUGCAAGCUGGGGAAGAUAAUGCGUGGUCCCUUCCUGAAGUUCGUGGCCCAUGCAGCUUCCUUCACCAUCUUCCUGGGCCUGCUGGUGAUGAAUGCAGCGGAUCGCUUCCAGGGUACCAAACUGCUCCCUAACAUGACAGUACAGGACCACCCCUCUCAGCUGUUCAGGAUGACGACCACCCCCUUCACCUGGAUGGAGAUACUCAUCAUAUCCUGGGUCAUAGGAAUGGUAUGGGCUGAGUGUAAGGAGAUUUGGUCCCAGGGAGCUCGGGAAUAUCUUUCGGAGACAUGGAAUCUUCUAGACUUUGGAAUGCUGAGCCUUUUCGUGACAUCCUUCAUCACUAGAUUUAUGGCAUUCUGGCAUGCGUAUUCAGCACAGAGCUACGUCAACAAGCACUAUACCGACCUGUCCAACAUUACCCUGGUCCCGGAGAUAGAGUACUACAGACUGGCCCGUAAUAACUGGGUUCCCUCGGACCCCCAGAUCAUCUCAGAGGGUCUGUAUUCCAUCGCUGUGGUACUGAGCUUCUCUCGCAUCGCCUACAUCCUCCCAGCCAAUGAGAGUUUCGGGCCCCUGCAGAUAUCUCUGGGACGCACGGUGAAAGAUAUCUUCAAGUUCAUGGUGAUCUUCAUCAUGGUUUUUGUGGCCUUCAUGUUUGGAAUGUUCAAUCUCUACUCAUACUACCUCGGAGCCAAGCAGAACGACGCCUUCACCACGAUUGAGGAAAGUUUCAAGACGUUAUUCUGGGCCAUUUUUGGCCUGUCCGAAGUCAAGUCAGUGAAGAUCAACAAUGGCCAUAAGUUUAUCGAGAAUAUCGGCUAUAUCCUUUAUGGGGUUUAUAACGUCACCAUGGUGAUCGUCCUGCUCAACAUGCUCAUUGCCAUGAUCAAUAACUCCUUCCAGGAAAUAGAGGAUGACGCUGAUGUAGAGUGGAAAUUUGCCCGAGCUAAGCUAUGGUUCUCCUACUUUGAGGAAGGUGGGACAUUACCUGUCCCCUUUAACCUGGUUCCUAGUCCCAAGUCAAUCAUCGCCCUGGUCCUGGAGCUAAGAGACCUCAUGCUGAAGGCUCUCAACAGACACAAGAGCUGUCACAAUGAGGAUACAGAGCUCAAUAAGUUGGAUCAUCAUAAGAAUUCAACUGUUGGAGGUCUGGCUUGUCCAGGUCGGCACCAGAAGAUAAUGAAACGCCUCAUCAAGAGAUAUGUGAUGAAAGCACAGAUCAAUAAAGACAGUGAGGAAGUCAAUGAAGGAGAGCUGAAGGAGAUUAAACAUGACAUCUCUAGUUUACGCUACGAACUCCUGGAGCAGAAGAACCACAAUACGGAGGAGUUAGCUGAGCUGAUCCGGAGACUGGGAGAGAAGAUACCUGCCGAGCAGCAGAGGCAUCAGGGUAUAUAGGUAUAUGUAUCCUACAUCAUCUAGGAUCAAUGAUGAGUGAGCUGAUCAGGAGGAGACUGGGAGAGAGGACACCUGCGGAAACACCAGCCACAUACGCUGAACAUAUAAAACAUCGUACCUAUUUCCAUGACUGAGUCCAGGUGAAAGAUAUCAUCCCUUAUUGAUGUCACUUGUUAAAUCCACUUCUAUCAGUGUAGAUGAAUGGGAGGAGACCUGGUUA